AUGCAUUCCAUCAAGCGCACCCUCUUGCUCUUUGGGGCUAUUCUUCCAGGUGUUUUCGGUGCCCCUGUGCAGGGUAGCCAACACAAGGCCGAAAAGAUCCCGGGGAAAUACAUCGUCACCUUCAAAGAUGGCAUUGACGCUGCGAAGAUGGCUGCUCACACGACGUGGGCCACAGAUAUCCACAAUCGCAAUCUCGCACGCCGUGAUUCCACUGCUGGAAACCCACCUGUCGGCAUCGAAAGGAACUACCAAAUCCAUAAGUUUUCCGCUUAUUCUGGUUCCUUCGAUGAGGCCACCAUUGAGGAGAUCCGCCAAAGCGAAGAUGUUGCCGAAAUCGAAGAGGAUCAGAUUUGGUAUGUCGAUGCUCUGACCACGCAAAGUGGAGCACCAUGGGGUCUAGGUAGCAUUUCUCACAAGGGCGAUGCGAGUACCGAAUACGUCUAUGAUUCCAGCGCGGGCACCGGGACCUUUGCCUAUGUUGUUGACACUGGCAUCAACGUCGCUCAUACCGAGUUUGGUGGCCGUGCCAGCAAAGCGUACAACGCUGUGAAGAACGCCAAACACGAAGAUACUGUUGGCCACGGAACGCAUGUCGCUGGCACUAUUGGUGGCUCGACCUUUGGCAUUGCGAAGAAGGCCAGUCUCCUGUCUGUGAAGGUAUUCGAUGGUGAAUCAGGCACUACUUCGGACAUUCUCGAUGGUUACAACUGGGCUGCCAACGAUAUUGUCGAAAAGAAACGUACUAGCAAGGCUGCCAUCAACAUGAGUCUUGGUGGGCAGUACUCCUACGCAUUCAACCGCGCUGUCGAGAAUGCCUUCGAAGCCGGCGUUCUCAGUGUCGUCGCCGCCGGUAAUGAAGGUAUCGAUGCCAGAAACACUAGCCCUGCCUCUUCGCCCUACGCCCUCACCGUAGCGGCUAUCGGUAAAACCAACGCUCGCGCAAGCUGGUCAAACUAUGGCACCGUUGUUGAUAUUUUCGCCCCGGGUGUCGACAUUCUCUCCGCCUGGAUCGGAUCAAACACUGCAACCAACACCAUCUCCGGUACUUCCAUGGCCACACCCCAUGUUGUCGGCUUGUCCGUCUAUCUUAUGGGUCUAGAGAACCUCUCUGGUCCAGAUGCCGUGACUAAGCGUAUUAAAGAGCUGGGCAUCAAAGGAAUCGUCAAGAACCCUUCUGGCAGCCCAAAUCUCCUUGCCUACAACGGUGCUUAA